AUGAGUUACACUAUGCUAGAUGCUUUGAAUGGCGAUAGAGAUGAUUGGAUGAUAAGAGUAAGACUUUGUCGGAUGUGGGAGUCGGCGAAUCCAAACACCGGAGAAAAAUAUAGUCUUGACAUGAUAUUGAUGGAUGAAAAGGAAAAUAUUAUUCAUGCAACACUUCCACAAUAUCUGUUUGCUCGGUUCAAGCACCUUUUAAAUGUUGUUGGUUGCUUGACAUGCGUGGGUGGUAUCAAAACUGUCAGUGGUGGGUGGAAAAAUAGAGAUAUGACAAUCAUGACAGAUUACUCGAUCACCGCUACUGUAACUUUAUGGGAAAAGUUGGCGGAAUUAUUUGAUACAAGUAUCUACAAGCAAGAUGAUGGGCCUUAUAUAAUAAUAUUCACUUCAACCCAGGUCAAAAAAUUCAAAGAUGACAUUGGCUUCUCCACGACUAGAAAUAGCAGAAUUUAUGUCAACUUAGACACACCUUAUGUAGCAUCUUUGAGGGAAAGAUUUUCUGAAAUUUCUACUAAAUUAGAGAUCAGUGUAGACUCUCCCCCAAGUAUGUUACCCGAAGAAAAGAUGUUUAUCAACCGGAUGACUAUUAAAGAAUUAUUGGUUGGCGAUUGGAGUGAAGAUAUAAAGGUACUUACCGUGAGAGCUGAAAUUUUUGGCAUAGACAACGCUAAUGGUUGGCACUAUAUAGGAUGCAAAGUAUGCUUCACAAAAGCCACACCUCAGGAUGGAGUUUACACAUGCAAAAAUUGUCAUGAAGUCAUUGAUUAUCCUCUUAUAAUGUUUAGAAUAGCUAUAAAAGUGAAGGACAAAAGUGGGGAUACAACUUUUAUUCUGUUCAACAACAUUGCCGAACCAUUACUUGAUACCUCGGCCAAUAAGAUUGUGAAUAAGUCAAACAACAAUAAGGAUAUUCCUAAAGAGUUUGAAAGUCUUCUAGGAAAAGAUAUCAUAUUCAAGUUAAGAUUGAAUGAUUAUAAUCUUGUGGAGGGAAAACACAAUUUCACUGUUGGUGAAAUUUUUGAGCCAAGACAAGUUCUAGAAGAAGAGUAUGAAUCAAAGAAAUCCAAAGAGAUACAUCAUGAUGAGAAAAGGAGGAGGAUAUCUACAAAAGAAGACGAAGAGAAUAAUAAAGGAUGCGACGAAGAGAACGGAGCUGACAAAGUCUAA